UGGAAUUCCUGCGGCGGUGCCGGCUCGUCAUGCUGGAGGAGGAGCGCCGUCGGGACAGCUCCAAAAAUCCGCUGCAGACUCUCCGUUUAUAGACUUAAAAAACCACAGUUUGGACACCAUGAGUUCACCCCCUUCAGACAACAUCACUUCCAGGGAAGCUAAUCGCUCAGAUAAUGAUAUAGAAGAGUUCCAGUUGUCUCAGGAUAGAAAUCAACUAGAAAUGGACACUGUUGAAGAUCUGAGAAGAAAACUCCAUAGGCUGGAGAAAAGAAAUUUGGAAUUACACAAUCAACGCAAUCAAGAGAUAUCUCACUAUGAAAAAGAAAUAGUGAAAUUAAGGUUGAAACUUGAGAGAGGAGAAGCUCUUCAUCAACAUCUGGAGAAUGAAAUGUCAUUAGCUAGAAAAGAGGCUCAUAUACAGAUGCAUUCUGCAGAGGAAAAGCUGUGGGAUGUAAAAAGCAAAGUUUUGGAACUUCAAGUACUCAAUGACGAAUACCAGCAGAAAGCAGCAGAGACUGAGAAAAUUGUUCGAAGUGCUCAGAGGCAGUGGGAAGAGGAGAAACAAAGAUUUGCAGUGGAGAGGGAAAACAUCCACAGAGUACACCUUGCUGAACUGGAAUUCCUUUUCAAAGAAAAAACUGAAGCAGAAAUGGCUUGUCAGAAAACUAAUGCUGCCCUGCAAAGCAUGCUCAGGAAUUUUAAGGAUAUGGAGGUUGAGCACCAUGGCUGCAACAAGAUGCUGAGGCUCCAGGCCGACCGCCUGGAUUUCAAGGAUAAACAGCAGGAGAGGCUCAUCAAAGAACUGGAGGCAGCUACACUGAAAAUAAAGGAACUGGAGGGAAACACUGCAGCAGCAAGACUAGCACAUAUAGAAUGUAAAUACACUACAGAAACCAUGCAGUUGAGAAUUCAAGAACUUGAAGAUGCUUUGAAUGAAGAGCAGCGUGGCAGGAGAGAAGUUUUUUCAGGGGUAGCAAGGAAAGAUUUCAGAGAGUCAGAAAAUGCACAUGAGAGAGGAAAAAAAGUUUUACAAAGACACCAUUCGUCCUUAAAUGUGCAAUGGAGAGACGAGGCUGAGGAAAGGAAGGAAGCUGAAGAAUCCUCUGGGACAUUAGUGGAUGCUACAGCCAGCUUCACCCUGCAUGAAGGCUCAAUAAGGGAGCUGUCCAUCCUCUUAAACUUAUACCAGAGCAUGGCAAACGCCCAUGUGCUCGCCAAACAUUCAGACGUCGCCCUGGAAGAGUUACCUUGGACAGAGCUUUGUGCACUCUUGCAUGAGAAUGUUGAAGCCCUGAUCUUGAACUUCCACAAGGCUAACGAGAGGAUAUCCCACCUAGAAUAUAUUUGCAAGCACAAAACUGACACUAUGAACAACCUUCAGCAGAAGCAGGAGGAGGCUUUUGAGAAAAUGUCUGAACAGUUAAAAGCACAGGAACAUUGCAGGCAGAAAGAAGAGCAAUAUCUUGAAGAGCAGUACUCAAAUAUCCUUGCAGAAGUUCAUGCAAGAGCACAGGAAUGUGAAGAAACAGCGCAGAAAACCAGGCAAAAACUGUAUGGCCUUGAACAAAUCUGUGAGAAACUGGCCCACGAAAACAAUUCCAUGACAGAUACAUUAGCAAAUGCUCACAAGGCACGCUCAUCCCUACUGGCAGCCUGUGCACUGCUGUCAGGGGCCCUAUGUCCUCUCUAUGGCAGACUGUGCGCUGUGUCUUGCCAAAGAGACAUUCUUCAGGAGCAGGUGAACCACCACAAAUUAUUGAACCAGAGGAUCAUCAGCCUCCUUUAUGCUCUCCCUACUAAUGUGGAAAACAGCCAAGGCGAAGGCAGGCUGAGGCAGAGAAGAGCCAAGCACCUGGUUUAUGUCUUCCGAAGAGCUGUGAUUGCAGUUCUGGCCGCUAACAGGCUGAGGGCUCUGGCCCGAUAUUCUUGUACCUUUUUCGUGUGGACAGAUGGCUCCAGAGGAUGCACUGGAAUUCAAGUUUGUGUGGGAGAAUCCAGAGGCAGGCAUGUGUCAUGUUUUGAAGAGGAAGGAGUUGACUGUAUUGAAGCACUUGACUGGUUGACUAGCUCUAACCUCUACACUGCAAUAGUCAGUUCCAUCUCUGAACUGGAGGAUGUUCUCAGCAAACAAGAUGCACGCUCCUGGCUUUCUGGACACUCCCUUAUCAGUGCAGCCAGGAACUGCUUUGCAAAACUGAUGGACAACCUGAGCAUACUGAUGGAGACAGUUCAAGGGAAACCUUGUGGGUGCAGAGCUUUCCUGGAGAGGGACUCCCUGAUACAGAGGCUGGCUCGUGGGCUCCGCAGAGUAAAUGCCCAGGCCCUGGAAGCUGGAUUGUAUGACAGACUGCCCAGUACAAGAAACAUAGCAAUCUUGCAGCAAGAAAUAUUUGAAUUUUCACGAAGGCUUCAUGCAGCAGAGGUAGAGUCCCACUCACUGCACCUGCAGCUUGCAGAAUGCAAAUGGAGUUGCAAUGAGAUGCAAAAAGAUGCUGAAAAAGCCCACAGACUGCAAGAGCAAUUAAAUGAACUUCAGCAUAAAAUCAACCAAGACAAUAUGCAGGAGGAGUUAAAUAAUGCUUUGCAGCGUGAGCAGGAGGCAAGAUUGCUUUUACAAGAGCACCAGCGACGGCUUCAGGAGCUGAGUAAUAGACUGGAAUCGUGCCCACUUAUCGACACAGAUAGAAGCCAAGUCUCCAGUGUAUCUCUGAUGAGACUCUCUAAUGCAGUGGAGGAGCUGAGGAGCAGAGACCGAGAUCUGGAUCACCAGAAGAGACUCCUGAAAGACACGAAGCAGGACCAGCAGCGGCUGCGGGAGACUCUUGAGGAGGCAGAACCUGCCCUUGAACAGGGAGUAAAAGACAAAGAGUUGAUCAUUAAUCAUAUGAAAGCUGUGGAGGCCACCCUGAAUGAGGCCAGAGAGCAGGCCAUGGCAUCAGGUGCUGCAGCAGCCACGCCGCUCCCCAGCCUGCAGCUGGAGACCCUUUCAGAGGAAGCAGUGAAGGACAGGCCAGAGGCUAUGGCAUUCCAGGUUAGAGUCUAA